AUGGAUAACUUAGAUGUAAUAAAAGAAGAGUUUGUUCAUGUUAAUGUUAAAAUUGAACCAUGUGAGGAAAACUAUUCAGAAUUUGAUGGUGUUGUUGAAGACAAUAUUCCACAAGAUUCAUGCGACUACGAACCUCCUGAAAUAAAGGUUAAGGUAGAGAUCGUACAACAAAACUCUGAGGACCAGCAUGAAAGUAAUCACUUAUUACUAGAAGCUGAUAGAAAACCAGAUUUGCAGGAGCACUUUCAAGAUAGUAACAUAGGUGGAGACAUAAAGUAUAAUAAAAGAAUUCCGUGCCCGAAAUGCGAUCGUACUUUAAAAAACCGGGGAAAUCUAAAACAGCAUCUGCGAACUGUGCACUUAGAAACUUCCGAAAAUAUAAAAUGCCCAGAUUGUGAUCGAGUUUUUAAGUCGAGGGAGUAUUUGUGGAAUCACCAACAUUCUGUACAUUACAGUAUUGAGGAAAUGCCCUGUCCUGAGUGUAACAAGACUUUUACUAAUAAAAGACGCUUAGACAAUCAUUUCUACUACACUCAUAAAGAUAAAACUCUAGUAACAUGUCCAACGUGUGGUAAAAACUUUCAAGGACAGCGAAAACUGAAACUGCACAUGAAACAUGUCCACACCUUUAAUGAAAAUAUAUUAUGCACUCACUGUCAAAAACGAUUUAAAAGUGAGUUACUGCUUAAAAGACAUAUGGCAUAUCAUCAUUCUGAUGGUCAGGAAUACAAAUGUGCCUUCUGUGACAAAAUGUUUGACUCAAAUAUUAAGUACAAAAAACAUUUAGAACAAGUUCACCCUGAGCAGCGUAUACAAUGCCGCAUCUGUUCCAAACUUUUAAAAUCAGUGCAGAUUGCAAAAAAACACUUAAGAAUUGUUCAUCAAUUGAAGGAUGGAAUCCUUGAAGAGAAUUUAGUAAAAGUAGCUAAUGAUACUAUAAUAACAAAUUUCAUUAAUGGUGUUGAUAAGGCAGUGGAAGUUACUUGUGACUUAUGUUUCAAAGUAUUUUCCAAUCAAAGUGUAUUUUAUCGACACAUAAGAUCAACGCACCCAUCAAAGGAGCAAGAGGUUUCCUGUGAUGUUUGUAAUAAAGUGUUUAAAUCGCCUCAUCAUCUAAGAGUUCACAAGGCAGCUGUACAUUCCAUUAACCAAUUUACAUGUAGUCUUUGCAAUCAAACCUUUUCUUCGAAGAAGUAUUUAACAAGACAUGAGAAGAGGCACAAUAAGAUUGAACAACAGUUUGAAUGUGAUAUUUGUAAUAAAUUUUAUAAAUGCCGAGAAUAUUUAAAGAGGCAUUUAAGACGUGUGCAUGACAAUAAUAUUUUAGGUAUUUAA